AUGAAGGUCAACGCAGGCGCCAUUAUUGGCACUCUUGCCUUUGUAUUUAUUUCUAUCGUCCCACAUGUUCAGGCUGGUGAAGAAGACGACGCAGUGACAUGGGAGAAAAUCAUGAAGAAGAGACAUGGCUUCUGGUACUGGGGAUCGUUUCCGGUACCAGGGGUUGACUAUCGCGUUGAGAUGGAGCCGUUGCCCCCUAGGGCGCUUCGCAGACGUGCUGCUGCUCUCGCCCCUGCCCCCCGUGCUCCUGCUGCCGCUCGCUGCGAGAGGAUUAAAGCUCCAGUUGCACCCGUACCGGCGAAACCCGCCGUCGUCGUAGAAGAUGUUGCUGCCAAAGCGGACAACGUUGAUGAAGUUGUUGAGCCCACACCCAGGGAUGAGGAGGCCGAAGUUGAAGAGACUGAUGCUAAUGAUGAUGCCGUUGAGUCUUAUGAGGAUCUGGACUCUGCCGUGGAGGACGAUGCCAACUACGAUGAGGAUGAUGAUGCUUUUGUGGAAGACGAUGAUGCCGAUUCCGAUGAGGACGCCGAUGCCGCUGAACCCACAUCUGAGGACCAGGAUGCUGAAGUAGAGGAGACUGAUGAGGCUGAGCCUACAUCUGAUGAUGAUGCUGUGGAAGACGACGACGCCAACGCUGACGAGGUUGAUGAGGCUGAGCCUACAUCGGAGGAUCAGGAGGCCGCCGUGGAGAACGAUGCCGACGCCGAUGACAUCGAGGAGCCCAUUGAGCCAACAUCUGUGAGCAGGGCCUCUGUCGCAUAUUACUAUGGCGCCAACUCCGCUGCGGAUAAGGACGCCGUCGUGGACAAGACUGUUGCUCGCCCCAGGGAGGUUCAAUCCCCCGCUGAGCCCGUACCGGCGAAGAAGAACGCCGUAUUCUCAAGAUUGUUUGACAGAUUGAAGUAA